AUGGGGAACUCCCGCAGAUUAACAGGUCUCCUCCAGCAGUUCCAACACGUUGGGAUCGAGGAGAACGACGACGAACCGACAGGCCUCGCGGCAAUGGGACUAGGUGUGGAAGACGAUGGCGAAGCUGUCAAACGAGAACUCGGCCAGAGUCGACAAAAAUGCCGCCAAUCAACUGGCCACGAAAACAUCACCAUCAAUUGA